AUGUCGACUUCCCCGGAGCAAGAGGCAUCAGUCUCAUCUACAAACGAUGCGACCGCACCACAAAAUAAUCCUACCAACACCAGAUCAGGAGAGGUCAAAGAGAAAGGCGCAGAGAAGACAAUAUCAUGUGUAUCGUGCAGGCGAAGGAAAUUGAAAUGCGAUCGAGUAAAACCCAAAUGCGGGACAUGUGGCAGACUAAGACACGAGUGCGAAUAUCCCGAGAGAAGGAGAAACAUAGGUACAAAGAGGAGAAAUAUGAAAGAAUUGGAAGCUAGAUUGGCACAAGUGGAAACCCAGCUCGUGGCAGAGACGCAGCAACUCGCUGCGAAUAAUGCGAAUAAUGCGAAUAAUGCGAAUAAUGCGAAUAAUGCGAAUAAUGCGAAUAAUGCGAAUAAUGCGAAUAAUGCGAAUAAUGCGAUCAAUGCGAUCAAUGCGAUCAAUGCCUUCAAUGCGAUUGAGAUGAACGUGAAUUUAAAUACGAAUGGGAAUUUGAAUACAAUUACAAAUACAAUUACAAAUACCCAACCGGACUGGAAUGCUAUGAAUAUGGAUAUGGACAUGAAUUUCACAGAUGAGGGAAUACAAAAUAUAGGAUACGAUAUCUUGAGUGGAAAUGUCGGGACUGCAUCUACAGUACCAAUUGGAGACUACUUUUCCCAAGAAGUCAUAAGUUUAGGACUACAAGAACCUCUGCCUCCUGAUAAUCUCAUGGAUGAACUAUUCCAAAUAUACUUCGAAAGAUUUCAUCCAACUUUGCCUAUGAUACACAAGGGUCGAUUCUUUGCCGCUCUGAAUAUGCCAACAAACCAUAGACCGCCGGUUUCUUUGCGAUAUGCUAUGAUGACGGUAGCAGCAUCACUUUCGGACAACUACCAGAGUUAUGCUGAAAUCUUCUACGAGAGGGCUAGAAGAUACGCUGAGAUUACGGAGAUGAAGGGACAAGGAGAGGGUUUGAUGUGCAUACCCGCUGUUCAAACAUGGUCACUCAUUAGUAACUACGAGGCCACAAACGCUUAUUUUGGUCGAGCAUGGAUGAGUACAGGAAGAUGUGCACGAUUAUGUCAUAUGCUUUCACUGCAAAGGCUUGAUGCAGAGGGACCUUUUGGAGGAAAGAAAUUACUACCUCCAUCGAAGGAUUGGGUCGAACAGGAGGAGCGACGAAGGACAUUCUGGGCAGCUUACUAUGGUGACAGAUGGUCUAGCUGUGCUACCGGAUGGCCAAUGAUGUUUGAUGAGGAAAAGAUUGAUACCAACCUACCAUGUAACAAUGAUGCAUGGGAUUUAGGGGUAAAGGAAAACACAUGCUCGUUGGCUGCGGCAUUAACUCCCGAGGGUGCUUCCACGAUAUCAUCUUUUGCUGGAGUUAUCCUGUCAGCGUGUCUGUUCGGUCGCAAUAGCCAGCACACGCUUAAAAGUGGUCCAGAGGAUGGUGCCAACGAUCUCGCCAAUGGUUCAUUCUGGAAGAACCACAGGAAAAUGGACAAUAUAUUGUCUAGUACAUUCAUGUUUCUACCUGAUCACCUCAGAUUCCCUGCUGGACUGAGGGAUCCCAACAUUGUCUUUUUCCAUAUGAACAUACAUUGUGCAACAAUCUGUUUACAUCAAGGAGCAGUCAUGGUUGCUGAGCGGGAAAAUAUCAGUCAAUCAUUCAUAAGCCAAAGCGAAGCGAGAAGUUUGAUGGCAGCCGAAGAAAUAACGAAUCUGAUGCGCCUUAUAAGUCAUUUCGAUGCAUCCAAGAUGAGUUCAUGGAUAGGCUUUUGUCUUUAUGUUGCUUCUGGUGUUAUCCUCCAGGAUACAAGAAAGGAUAGACCAAACCCACAAAGUUCCAGCAAUUUAGAGUUUAUGGUGUCAGCUAUGAAGGCUGUUGGGAAAAAGCACAUCAUUGCAAAACACUUUACUGCUCAACUUGAACUCGAAAUUAAGACACAGAGAGUCGAUCGCAAUGAUAUGGCAAACAGUCUUUAUGAUUUGCAUAACUCUCCAGAAGCAGACGACCCGAGUGUUUGCGUUUUCCCUCAUAGCUACCGAAGAAAAGGUCCAAAGGAUGAGUCUUCUCGUAGCUCAAUUGAUACCGGUCAAACAAGAAGCAUGUCUGCCAAUACGCCCCCACAAGCCACACAACAACCAACAUACGAUGCCAUCUCAAAAGUAGUAUCUGCUUGCCCCUUUGCAGCAAACUUCCCUCCACAACUAAAUCCGCAAGGAGAUUCAGGCAGCGAAGCAAUUGAAUCUGACUUGAGUUGGCCUCAAACUGGAAAUACCCCUUCUUCAGAAUCUUCAACAUCCAAUACAACAUAUCCAUAUCGCAAUUCAAAAUCUAUGGACUCGAAUUCGAACUGGGCUUUUGAUCCAGAGGCAACGCGGUAUAUGGUAGAUCCGUUGGCAUUGAAUGGCUCGAAUAGAGAUUUGGGGAAUGAAGUGCAGGAUAAUGUGUUAUUGAAUGAUUUGCUUAAUAGUGCACCUUGGGAUAACACUUAUCAACAUGUUGGUCUGAAUUCACGGCACGGUAGUGGAUAGAGGGGGGUUUUUUGGUGGAAUAUGAAGGAAACUUGUACAGUAUUAUACACGCGUAGAUAUAUAGGAAUCUCGAAAUAUUAGACAAGAUUUCCACUCCU